AUGUUUUUGCGGCAGGUUAAAGUGUUUCUCGUUUUUGCCCAGUUUAUAACUACAUGUUUUUCACUUCCCUUGCGCCAGUUUUAUCCUUAUGGUGUAAGGAACGGCGACACCGCACUUCUCCCCAACGAUGAUGGAGGAUCUGGACAAAUACCCGUUUCUAUCCUCUUCCCAUAUUUCGACCGCAACCAUGGUUCCCUUUACGUAAGUACACCCGUCCGGUAUCUACCGGGCUUACAAGAAAAUGAAGAGAGUAAUUUUACAAGGGGAACUCAUAGCCAUAACGCCUUCCUUGUUAGUCUCGCUUGCGUGAGCGUUUUUCGCCCCGUGAGGGUAGUCCCCUUUAUGGGCUAUAUAGGUAUGUGCCGCGCCAAAGGGUAUGGUUUUUUGGUAGUUUUGGUCUGAAAUAGGGUAUCGUUUGUGCACUCUAGUCUUGAAUUGGGUAUGUGUUUUAGAAGAAUUAGCUACUUCCUCGUCAUUUGGCGAUAAGACCAUUUCCCUUUUAAUGUUUACACCAACUACCGUGUACGUGCCGUAACAGCUUGUCACGCGCUCCGGUCACGAGCCGGGCUUGAGGGCUUUAGGUCUCAAAAGGUAUCAAAUUUUUGGUAAUGUCUGAAAAAGGAUAGGAAAAAUCACAGAUUUUGGUCUGAAAUACGGUAAGGGUUUCACGAAACGUGCCGCACAUCCACAUUCAAUUUUUCUGGAAGUAUUCUCCCCCGCCCCCGGGCUUUUUCGUCGUAUUUAGGACACAAAUCAGGUGUAGCCUGCAUGAGUUGCAGCUGGCUACGCACUCGUCUAUACAGAAGGUUUAGAGCGUCUGCGACGCAGGCAAAUCGGGGGUCAUUGUGCUAGGCGUUCCUCGAGGAGACGUUGGAAACCGGGAUAAGAAUGGUUGCGUGAUCAAAGCCACGCAUGUUUUGCGAAGAAAGCUUAGGAAAGAUUAAAUUUAGAACUUUUCCGAAACGUGUCGGUCCACGAAUUCUAUCACUUGAAAGCGUUGAUUGCUUUGAAACAAGUGAACACUACUGAGUGGUCGGAAAAAAAAGAAUCUUAAUUAACAAAAUUGCGAUGGUCGGGUGUUGUAAGCUUUCAUUGUAUGCAAAUGGUCUUGUGAUGAGGAUGCGAUUUAUUCCGGCGAUGAUUGAAAUGAUGUGCCAUGUAAAUCACUUUUAUGGUCUCUGGUAGUGAUGUAAUUUUCUCUGGAAACGAGGCCCUUGAAUUUUCGUGUAUUAGAUUCACGCUUCAGCCUGCGACCGGAGAGUUUUUUCUUGUCGUCGCUAACACGCGUACUAAAUCAAUUCAGAAACAAAUAAAAAGUGUCGACGUUGAUAAAGUAGGAAGUAAAAAACCUUUAGCCAGUAAAUCAUGUUUCUUUUAGAAUCAAUGGCCUGCUCAUUUCUGGAUUUAAUCUCCAAGCAGGCGAGACUGAAUGUACCCUGGGUUGCAGAGGAAAUUUUUUUCUUAUCGAUACUGAUGGUUCGGACCUCUGGACAUGUCUGGAGCCAGGGUAGACUGAAUGCCGCUGUAAGCGCGUUCUUGUUAAUUAAGUGAUAUGUGACUUCUAGAUUUCCUUUUCCCUUUUUCUUUUUUUUUUGUUUUUUUGUUUUUGUUUUUCGUUUUCUCUAAUUAUAGGAAGAGACAAAAGAUAACCAAAAGCUGUAGCAACCAAGAUGUUUGACUAGAUGUGGCGCUUGCCCGCUUGUCACCAUUUUGAACUAAAAUACAAAAAUAAUAAGGGGGAACGAGGGAGGUGGAGGGGCUUCCAGACCCGUCCUAGAUAAAUGCCGUAGGGCUAGCCUUCUUAGCGACGGCCGAUCUUGCUUCGUGUAGGGUCUGAAUGGUUGUGGCUAUGGCUCUAGUAUUUUCUGGUUGUAUCCUGAAUUCUUAGACAACGACAUUUUGCGCUAACUUUAGUCUUCAUUCUUGAAUAUGAUCUGCCCGCAAUAAAUCGAGAACUGAAUUGGUUUCAACACGUUCUGCUUAGAGAGCAGCAAGGCGCUGCACACGUAGCUGGAUUAACUUGAAAAUUAGGACCUUUUUUCUCCGUUCUACUGCUCAUCGUUAACAUUUGCCUGAUUAGAAAUGCUGUCGUGUUUUUGAGACAUGUCUACUGUGCAGCCAAAGCCUUUAAAACUCAAUUAUUUUGACAGGAUGGACAUCAAAAGUUUAUCGUGCCUUUAAAUGCACGAUUUUGUAAUAUGGAUAAAAAUAGCAUCGAUCGUGGUCAAACGAACCCGGAACUGGAACAAUGGGUUGGGUUUCAAAGGAAAUAAAAGAUUACUUAUAUUUGAAGUUGACCGGUCAUGCUAAGACAAUUUUUAGGGAACGUGAGUUUCUUCCUGAAAGGUCAUUUGCCCAACCUCGUGGAAUUUUACGACACUUUUAGCUAUGAAUCAAUAUACCCGGAUUAUUUCUAAGUAUAUUUACUUAUCCGUAUCUAGGAAGAAAUUUGACUGUUCAAAUCAUCUCACUCAAGCUUUCCACUCCAGUUCAUUUUUAUAUAAACAUUCACGCGUCUCCGUCUCUAUUUUUGCAUGCAAGCUAGCAACUUCGAAUGAUUAUGACCGAAAAACAAAAGGCCUAAAACAAUUUUCCUAUAUAUUAGGAACCUCAGGAAGCUAUGAUAGCAAUUAGCUAGCUAAUAAAUUUCAAAGAAUACUUGAUUUUUUUUUCUCCCAUGAAGAUCCUUUUUGUUGAGAAAGACAGGUUCUUGGUGGCAAUUUUUCUGUUGUUCACAUUCACUGUUUUACUGUUUAUUUCCUCCAUCUAUUGACACUUUUUGUAUUGAUUCUUGCUUUGUGACUGAACUUCAUCUGUCUUGAUCUUUGUUGUCUAUUAAGGUAAACACAAAUGGAGUCGUGUCAUUCUUAGUGGCAGUAAGUCAAUUCACUCCUGAUCCCUUCCCACUUGGUGAUCAACGGCGCCUCAUCUCCCCUUUCUGGGGCGAUGUGGACACAAGAAAUGGAGGUGUUGUGUCUUACAGAGAAAGUACAGAUACUGCCUUGUUACAGAGAGCAACUAAAGACAUUCGACGCGCUUUCGUACGUCAUCAAAAAUUCACGGCAACGUGGAUUUUUAUAGCUACCUGGGACAGAGUCGCAUUUUACGGAGCAAGCGGGCUUAUGCAGAACAAGGUAUGGAUUAGAGAUAAAUGAGGCGUGCGCUGCUUCAGGUCUUAUCUGAGUGAGUAAUUUUCGGUCUUAAAUUUUCCUCGAUUCAACAAAUUUAUAGAUUUCACUGUUUAUCGUAGGAGCUUUCAAAACUACUCAAGGAUCACAAAGGCAAGAAAGACCGUUUCUUGAUCAGUGCGGAUGGUACGAUCAGUACACUAAAAAUGCAAUAUUUUGUUUUAUGCUUUAGGUGAACACCUUUCAAGCUAUAUUGGUCACCAAUGGACGCCAUUCCUUUGUAAUAUUCAAUUACAAUCGGAUUAUGUGGACAACAGGAACAGCCAGUGGAGGAAAUAGCCAAGGUUUGGGUGGCACGCCUGCUCAGGUGAACAAAUUAACAAGGCCUAGAAGAAAAACUAGCUAUUUCACCUCAGACUGAUUUUUAAAUUUCAGUAUCCUAAAUUACAAGGACACACCAAAUAAAUUAUCAGUUAGAAAAGACUUUCGCCCCUAGAAAAUUUUCAAUUUGACCAAAAUAGCUUCAGCAAAAUGCAAAGUAAGCAGUCACCAAAUUAAGAACAGCACACCAGGCAGACAUGACAAAAUUUCUAGCCCGUGUGAAAUAACUGCCUCUUCCGUGGGCUUAUUUAAGGCUGCCAAGCAGGAAGCAAGGACGACCAGCUGCAGGCAGCCGAAAAUGAGCGAGAAGAGUGCGUGACGAAUGAUGGGAACGGGCCAGAGUACGAGCGGGGAAAGCUGGGAAAGAAACGUAGUAGAAGGAAGAAGGCUGCUAUAUCCUCCGCCGAAAAUCUGUGAAUUCAGUAGAAAAUGUUCAAAUUGUCCAGAUAUAAUGCUUUUGAGGAUUCUGUUAGCUUCUCGAAAGGUCAUAUGAACGCUAUGAGCAGACAUAACCGCAGACGUUAGAUCGAGACUAGUGUAAAUCUGACCUGAUAAGGGGCUGCUUUCAAUGUGUUGUUAAUUAUGCUAUAUUCAUGUUUAUUUACGAUCGAUAACUUUCUAAAUUACAGCCUGUGUAGCUGACGGUUUUGUUGGGUAGUGCGCGCUAACAAGCGCUUGCCUUUUUCUUCUUUCCCAAGCGCAGCUUGGCUCGUUUCGCACGAGCUAUCCUCACGAAAUCCCCAGCUACUGAGGACUGCGCUCUCCCAGCAAAUUAAUUCUGUAAUAGUUUCCCUACACCUACUCUAUACACGAUCUUCAUCGAUGGUGCCAUUGGCGUUAAAGAUUUACUAGUCUUGCUUCACCAACUCUCCCUACAUGCUUGUGCCGGAACAGAUAUAGUCAGUUUGAUCUUUAGAGAUUCAAACGCGGAUAAGGCUUUGAAUGUUUGCGUUAUAGGCCGGUUUCAACGCUGGAGAUGGGAUCAGAUUCUUCCAGAUUAAUGGCUCAAGAACCGGAGACAUUGUUAAUCUUCCAUCCACCUCCAAUGUAGCUGUUCCAGGACAGUGGAUGUUCCGAACUGAUGAGGCCAGUGUUGAAGCCGGAGGAUGUAAUACUAAAGGUAUACUUCUAUUUUAACACAUUCUAUUGACUUUCCCUCACUUUUUUAUAUAUACCCGCAAAGCCCAUCUACUGAAAUUUCUCCUACUCCUGAUGUUCUUCAAGAACAGGGUAAUAAGGUAAAAAUAGAAGUGAACGGAUUGCCUUUGUAUUUAUUAAAUCAUCUUCUUAUUAGAGCAGCUGCUUUACACUAAUGCAUAUGUUGGUAUCAAUAAGAAGAACUCUCCUCAAACCUCUAGCCUGCGUCGCAGACGUAAUUUAGCCCUGAUUAGAAACGUCUGCGAAGCAGCGCUGAGAUCCUUGUUAUGGGCCCCCAACGGACUAACAAAUUGAACGUGAUUAGCAAAUGGACAAUGACCUUUUUAACCUGAGGCCAAUCAAGGCGCGUACUCAAAUCCGGGAACACAGGUGGGGUCUCAAAACUAGAUUUUCGGCGUUGUUUGGCAGACUUGGCCUGUACACAGACGUUGUUUCCUCUUUCCUUUCGAAAAUCGACGAGCAGACGAGCAAAGUGAGCGCGUAAGAGCGAACGCGGAGCCCACUCUCCAGCGCAAGCGAUCAAUAAAUUCCCCGUUGGUUUUUUUCUCAUACACGCGCUCGACGAUCUCUAAAGAGAAAAAUAAAGCGUCUGUGAACAGGCUAGACUAAACCAGGGUUUAUCAGGCCCAGUUCAGACGUCGUGCUUCUGCCGUGCCGAACUUAAUUGUAAUUUGGUUCGACUGUAGCACGGCAGGAAAACAACUUUGAUUCAGACGUCGUGCAAGAGUCGAGCCAAAUUCAGGAUUUACUGAUACCUCGUAACAAUUCUUCUCCCAACUCCCCGUGGGAACGCAAUCUCGCCAAAAUACAUUAAUAUAAUUUAUGAAUUUUGUUUAGCGCGGCAGAAGCACGAGGUUUGAAUGGCUGCCGUGCCAGAACCGUGUAGCACGGCAGCGCUUGUCGAACUUAAUUGCUUGCCAAACUUAAUUCAAAAGUUUGAUUCAGACGUCGUGCUUCUGCCGUGCUUUUGUCGAACUUAAUUCCUGAAUUUAGUUCGGCACGGCAGAAGCACGACGUCUGAACUGGGCCUUAGUUUCUUGUGGUGCAGACUACAAACCUCAAGCCAGCUCGAGUGUCGGCUGUGUCCCCUACACUAAGAAUCUCUAUCAAAAUUCUUUUUGUCACUAAUAACAAUCUAUUAAUUAAUCAUCAGGUUCUUUAACUAUCUCCCCUCGAUCUGGGAUAAUGCUGGGCGGUACGAGCUUGAAAAUGAGUGGACCUUGUUUCAAGCAGGAAGAUAACAUAGUUGUCCAGUUCGACAACAACAUUAACAUAAACGGCACGUUCGGAACGGAAAUUCAGUCUUCCGUUACCGUGCCUGUUCUUGACAGAACAGGAAGAGUACCGAUUAAAUUGUCAGUCGAUGGUGGAAAUUCUUUUCAACACAAUGGAGUUUACACAUCAGGUAUUUUCCUCUCAUAUCUUAUACUUUAAGCAAAGUAAUAUCAAUUAUUAUAAUUAUUAUUAUUAUUCCUUCAUUCAUUCAAAUAAUCCUCAGUUUGUGAUUGGCUCAAAUCCACUUACUAAUUCUGCAUAAGAAGCUAAUAUUGACCAAAUUUGGAAGACGUUUGCCGUAUUCGGUGAAAGGACGUCAUUAGCGCAGGAUAUCUUCAGAAAAAGUUGAGUAUCCGUAGUACUACAUAAGCAAUCCACUGAUUGCUUCUUAAUUAUUCACUGGUUAAUCAUUCUUCACAACAAUUUUGUCACCAAUAGUCAGACUAAGGAACGGAUAACAUGAUCCGGCUGGAUUGCAUUGGCCCGUCAAAUCAGUUUGUUUCUUAUUUCUAAUCUCAAGAACAACAAAAAUUCCAUCGAGCAAAUGACACAGGCGUACUACCUGUGAUGGAUUAGAAGGAAAAACAAUAAUGAGGAGUAUGCACCCAUUUGUGGUACGCCCAAUGUAAAGAUCUUCCCUUAUUAGGGUUAACUUUUCUGGGUGAUUCAAAUGAUUCCAAACGACAUGUGACACCAAUCUCUGUUAAUCACUUUUUUAUAUCGUUCGAGACAGUUCCUAAUGGACCAAUUAUGAUUGGCACCACAGUUACUUUGCGCAAUUUCCAGAUCCGUUUCAACUCCCGCUUCAGGUCUUUGCAGUUCUCAAUUUUCUCAUUCUCUUUGUCUUUCACUUGAAUGUCAAAACAGACAAGUAACAUCAAUAAUCAGGCAUUUGCGUUUUAUUGUUAUUAUUAUUAUUACUAUAAAUGAUUGGGGUUUUCCCGUUAAUCAGUAUUUUAUGAUACCAGUUACACUAUGAUCUUCCGCCGUGCUAUCUUUCCCUUGAUUUAGUCCCCAUGGAUCGAUACACACCGGAUGUACAACGACAGAACGCAGAUGAAUGGGAAGAGGGUUCGUUAGUUGAUAUCAUCUGGGAUUCCGAAAGCAUCGGAGACACUAGCGAACAAGUAUCGAUCGAUCUGGCGCGUUAUAAAAUGGGCCACGAUGAAGUUCCAGAACUGGAAAGUUUCCACACAGUAGUGAACUCCCAGUUGAAUACAGGCCAAGGUCAGUUUGUCGUCACAAAAGGACAGGGAGACGGGUAAGUCAAGAAAAAGUUCACAGUGCGGUGUUUCAGGCCUCUAUGAAUUCUUGAAAGUUCCGGAAACUCAUUUAAACUGGAAUUUCCAUCGUGGUCUCAUUGAAAUUAUAAAACGAAAUACCAUCGAUUCGUCUUUGGGAGCUUUUUACGCAACUGCUGUUUUUUUUUUCUUUCUUUCCGAACUGGGCCUUUUCUUUAGCAGUCUGACAUUUGCACAAACGUGUUUUUUACUUGUAAUAAGAUGUCUAAAAAAUGAGAAAAAAGUGACUUGUUAAAAUCCAAUUUUAACUGAUGCGUUUAACCUCAAAACAGUAGUUACCAAGGCAAUCACACAUCCCUCUGAAAUACGGGCGUAUAAGCCCUAUUUUCUGACAAAAUCUCCAAAACUUGUUUGUUAACCUGUAAUUUAUUCUGUGUUACAAGACAUAGCUAAUUAUCUUCCAUGAAAUAGCAAAAGUUUCUUCUAUAGCAUAGGAAUCCAGUUAAUUAUUUCCAGAAAAGACGAACAUUGUAUGACAAAAAUCCAGCGGAUAGUUUUUUUUCUUUUAUCUCUUGUAUAUGAAGGGGAAAAACAAAUAUUAUUUACAUGCCAAAACGCACUAUAGGCCCUUGAAAAUAACCUUAAGAUAAUUUUUUUCCACCUUCUGUUACCGUUUGACACAGUUCUUUUUCCCCUAAAAUGCAUGCUCUUCGUGGCUACUUCUUUAAUUCCAGAUACAUGUGCACCUAUGGAUGAAGAGCUGCAAUUUGUGCGCGGAUGCUCUUACAAUUCGUUUCGAGGCCCCAAUUCCAACAGUUUUAUUCGUUAACGUGCCCUAGAAUCAUCAGUUUUAUUAUGACUAGAGGCAUAUCCCAAGCAAUUAUUCUUUUUGCUAGGAAUCCAUAUCGAAACUGGGUAUAACGCCUGGCCGAACUUUGCAAGAGAGUAAUAGCAAGAGCAAGGGUUCGAUCCUUUUUGUUGUGGAUGUUUAUUUUUCUUCAGUGGUUUUGUCUAGAAUACAUUUUCCCGCUGUAAUUUCCGACGGCUUUAGGAAAUAACUGUCUAAGAUUUCUUGAAAAAAUAUCAUUACUGCAUGACUAGACUGAGAUUCAUCAAGAUCAGGCGCCUUCGUUUUGCACUUUGGCCCAUGAUAAAUAAAACAUAUCGCCUCUUUAAAGCCAGAAAUUGAGCGUUUUGGUUAAAAGUAAUUUAGGUUGUGCCAACAGACAGUCGAGAGUCUGCGGGUUCCAGAUUUCAGAUUCCUUUUUAUGUUUCAGCAACAUCGACGAUCGUUAUGUAAACCUUGUUCGGGUAUCAAGGAAACAGAGUGGUGGAAGCAGCGUUUCUCGGGCCCAGUGGGUGUGGAGUGAUUUGUUUGCCUGGAAAAAUGCCCCAUGGGCCAUCAGGAGGUGCAAAGUUUGGUAUGAGCGAGAACCCAAUCCAGAAGACUUCAGAGGUAGUUUUAGCUAGAUGCCAGUGUGCGGCUAAUUGAUUUUUGUUUAUUUGAUGUUCUGGGUCGGUAUAAAUCUAUGUCCUGCGUGUUUUCUAUUUUUAUUUAUUUUUAUUCUAUUUUGUUUUAUUAACGACCGUGUUCGCCUCGUAUGUACUUAAUUGUGGGUAAGAUUUGUUUUACGUUGUUUUUCUUAGUAAUAUGUUCUUCCUGUUGGUAACUGCGAUCCAUGUGCGACCACCUGCCAUAAGCGACUACUUGUCCAAAAUACCGAACUAUUUUCAGUCAAUAAUCCCAGCUAUGUUCGCCGCAUGUAACGUACGCAAUGAGGUGCUGCUCGUAUUUUAUUCUGUAAAAUUUACUGAGUCUUUGAAUGCGUAGAUCAGGUGUCAGAGACAGAGCUGGUGACCGAGCUAUCCCGGGAAGAAACCCCUGUGUUUCAAGGUUUCGACUGUACCAGGCGACCCCCUCUCGUAAGCGACCAGUACCUGGCCUCUUGGGUGGAACCUUCCGGGGGCCUAGACUGUAUAUAAAAAAGUCAUUAAGUCAUUUUUUUUGCCUUUAUAGCUGAUCCCAGCAUGGAACCCUGCCCAAGAAGCUUAACCCAGGCCAUGGCUGAUCGCGGGCGUUUCAUGUCUGAUGAAGAGUGUAAUCCGUCCAAUCGAGAGGGCUGUUCUCGCUUCCACGAGGGCGCCGUUCAGUGCUUUAAAAUGGUUAGACCCAGGUAACCUCACUUAGAGAGACCAACUUUCUAGAAAUCAAUAACGAACUUGUUAUUACAGUCACUAUUUUGAAAGUUUGCUUUAGCACUUGUUACUACAGCUCUACGAGUAAAGGUUUCUUUCUGGCAUGGCUUUUAGCACCAAUACGUAGUCGUUCUCCAAUUAAUUUCGCGACUGAUAGCAACGUGAAAGACUCGGUAAAUGCUAAAAGCCAUGCCACAAAGAAACUUCUUAUCGCAGGGUAUUACUACAGCUAUCACCGGCCUCAGCAAGUAAAAAGAGGCAAAAAGGUCACUUUGUAUUGCAUUGUUCAAUAUAGUUACCUCGCAUGCCUUUUCAAAUCAAGAUGAAAUGAUGGGAGAAUAGAUAAAGUUUGUUAGCUCAGUUGCUCCGAUGAGCGCAAACUUAAGCAAGGGUUAAAAUUGUAACCUCUGGCGCAGUUUUGGCUAACCCUCUAACAGUCCCUUUUUUGGCCGUUUUUUUUUUUUUUUUUUUUUAAUUAUUUUUUCAAAAAUUAAUUUAAAAAAUAGCCGAAAAAAAUUAGGAAAAAGAGUUAGGAAAAGAGUUAUCACUUGUAGUAAAAUUCUGUAGGUAAAUUCUGUCUUUACGACUUUUCUCCAUAGCUCCAAAGGGGCUGGUCAGCAGUGUUGCUAUAACAACUUUGGCAACUUAAUGAUGGGCAAACCCAACGCAGGUUCUCUUGAUCGAGUUCAUCCGAAUGCUGGUCUGCCUGUGCUAUCGCACUUCUUCCACGACUUAGUGCCAUACCAGGACUGUUGUCGGUUGUCGGAUAGCUGCGACAAAUAUUUUGAGAAGCGGCCAUCAGAUGACGGAUCACAGUACCAAGCUCCAAGGCCUGGUAAGUAAUCUAGCUCAAAACAGUUACUUCACUUAUUCUCACCAAUCCACAAGUCAAGACAAGAGUAAUGUUAGAAAAAGGUUAAAAUGCCAAAUGAUUGGUUUGGAACACCAACAUGGUCGGCGUUUUAUUGUUUAGUGACCAACAUGGCAGACGCUCAAUAAAUCACCCAAAAAGGCCACUUUCUCGAUGAUGUCAUUUUUCUACAACGUCCAGAAUUCAUUUCGUUUUUGCUUUCUUAUUUAAUUUUGUCAAUCCUGCUUAGGUUUAAAAAACAAUAGCCCUUAUUUGCACAAGAAAACAACAGACUAAAGGAUUCAGGUAGUUGUAGAAGAAUGACGUCAUCACGCAAUUGUUCAAAAUGGCCGGGUAUUCUGCAGUUAUUUCGGAAUUUUUUUAUGUGAUACAGAUACAAAGUACACAGAAAAACCGUUCAGACUACCAAUAAAAAAGACCAAACCACUCUCGCUCACUGUUAGAUUUAUGACUUGGCAUUCAGAGAUCACUCUGAUCCGUUAGGCAAAAAGUGAUAAUUUCUUAAUACCAUGAAAUCAUUGUUUUUCGUUGAUUUCUGCCUUUUUUCUUAAUUAUAUAGCAAAGAUUUCACUCAAUCAAAAAUGACUCAUGACAAUUGGUUUGGAGUCCUUGGUUUAAUCAUAGUUAUUAAAGUGGAAUGGUUAUGAAACCCGUUAGACUCCUUUGUUAUAUGUUUUUGUUAUCUUUUUUGGACCUGACCGUGCACAAUGUUCAAUAGCAUUUCUAUCAUUUUGAACUUACUGACCAAUAGAAACAUUGCAUUAAUUUAUUCAGCCUAAAUUUGUGAACAAAAAACAAAAAAUUGUGCACGGUCAGAGAGCUUCCAACAUAAACUACAGCCCUGUUGUUUUCGACUUUGAUGUUCGCCGGCUUUCCCAACCAGUCUCCUCUACUACCUAUGGUUUAAUAAUUUGGAUGAGAAUUUUUGGAUUAAUGAUUUUUCGAAUAUUUUUAAUGUUUAAAAACUAACGGGAGAUGUAUGAAUUUUUGGAAAAUUAGAAAAUAUUGGAUUGGGUUUUUUUUUAAUUGAAGGUAAAACAAAAAUAUGAAGUGAAUAAUUAGUAGACAAUUACCGCAUAGUCCACCAUCACAACAAGGUGCCUCUGAUCCCAUUAGCGGACUAACUGGUUUAUUUGUAUACUUUUUCUACCCUAAUUUAUUUCCUUCCCAAAUCAAAAUCAACAAAAGAAAAAAAAUAGAAAAACCCCUUAAAUCUUAGUUGAUAAGAUCACUGUGAAAAUGACAUAUUUCAAAUGCUUGAUAACUUCUGUUUUUAUUCACUGUUAGCUACUGGAUUUGGUGACCCUCACAUGGUGACGCUAGAUGGAACUCCCUUCACUUUUAAUGGCCACGGUGAAUACUCCAUUUUAAAGGUUAGAGGUGUGAACUUUACACUACAGGGGCGGAUGGAGCCUCUGGUUAAUAACGAUGGGUCUCAAACAGAUGCUACUGUAUAUACGGCGUUUGCAGCCAAGGAAUCUGGAUCAGAUACAGUACAGGUUAGAGAUUAAAUAGUCCGAGAAUCACGACACUUCAAGGAUAUUGGAGUAAAUCUAGAAGGCGUUUUCCUUCAAAAUGUAAUUUUGUCUUUUUCCGCCUGUUUGCGAAGACAAAGUUUUGACCAUCGGUCAAUCGGUUUUAAAAUUCUGUACUACCAGUCCGAAGGCAGACUUUAAUUUUGUACCAGGAGUGAUCAAGUUUAGUUUUACACAAAAACUGACAACCAUGGAAUGACUGGACAAAAUGCAACCGACGAUUCGACCAACAAAAAAACGACCGUUAUAAUUGAGUCAAAAGACUGAUCGGAUCGAAAAGAAACCAAUCACGUUUGGAGACCGCAUAGCCAAUAACACCACGGCUUAACUGACAGGCGACCAAUAACAUCGCGACUUACUUGACCAACCAGACAAAUAAUUUACCAGAGCUUUUUACCAUACUCGUAAUACAACUCACUUUGGCUCUAAAGAUUACUACCACACGCACAAAGGUUGUUAUGCACUCACUGUCACCAACUGUCCUAUUCAGGACGACACUCAUUAUUAUUGACCAUAAUGAUUCUAUUUCACCUACAGUGGAACCCCUCCUUUGGGACACCUCUAUUCAAGGGUCACCUCCAUUCAGGGGACACAAAAUUUGGUCCCGGAAAAAUGUUCACAUAAUCUUUGUAUCUAUUCUCUCUAGUGAAGGGACGCCUCUAUUCAGGGGAAAGGCACACUUUUUCUGGGUCCCGAAACCCGGGGUUAACCUCCAUUCAGGGGACACCUAAUCACUCAGAAAGUGCCGGACUGACCACAAAGAGGGUCAAUAUUUCUAACUGCGCACUUAUCACAAUGAUAGAAGCUUUCACAAAGAAAACUGACUAAUUCUCGACGUAAUGCACUUUUGUGAAUCCACCAUAUAAUUUCGUAGAGAUAAAUUAAUAAUGAUUUGCUAUGUUGUAUUUCUUGGUUAAUUAUUAACUGCCUCAGCCCAACCUCUCUUCAGGGAACACCUUUAUUCAAGGGACGCUUGACUCGGUCCCUAGGGUGUCCCCUGAAUAGAGGUUCCACGGUACUUAUAAAUAAUUUUAUCCGAGAAAAAAAUGUUCCGACCUGACCAAUAGCAGUUUUCUUAACAAUGACUGAAUUCCAAUAAGGACACACUGAAUCAAUGAUUUGUUCGAUAUAUAAUGCAUGAAUCGAGUUAAAAGUAGCCGCACGUUCUUGCUUACCAAAAAAUAGAACUUCAGGCUACUCCUAGCUAGUUUUCAUUUCAUGGGAAGCUAGUAUGUAGUAGCCUGCGCUUCUAUGUCAUACCCAAGUCUAUUUAUCCAUCCCUUGCAUGUAGAUUCACUUAAAUGGCCGUGGAUUGGUCGAUGUUUUGGUGAAUGGAGAAAUUGUUGAUUUUGACGAGUUAUCCCUCUGGGAAUUCAACGGUGUGUCAGUGUUGCAGUACGUCAACACAUCCAAGUACUCGGCCAUCUUUCAUUCUGGGAUCUCGGUAACUGUAGAAGGUCAAACAGAACUGCUUGGUCUUGUGACGUUAGUACCAACCAUGUUUAAAGGUAAGGUGCUGAAUGUUAUUAAGGCUGAAAAGCCCCUUAUUCUCUAAGUAUCUAUUCCCUUUUGUGAAAAUCUAGGUUUUGUUAUACAUAAAGAAAACGCUAUUUAAGCGGAAAUAUCAGCAUUAAACACAAGAUAACAGAAUUGACUGAAACAUUCAAAUAAGUGAUAAAUAUAAACUGUGGAAGAAAGCAAUAGAAAAAAGACCAAAAAAUCUUAAAACAAGCAAGCAUAGGCAUAACUAAUAAGAUUCCGACACGCUGACCACUUACCCUGCGAGAAGAGGCUACAUUUUUACCAUAUGCUCUGAGUGGAUUUCAGAAAUAGCUUUAAAGAGAUCUUGAGUACUGUUAAAUGUGAAUCCAAGGGUCCGAAAUAUUAAGCCUGUUUACUUUAUAAGAAGGCUAAGUAGGGAAAAUGCAUGUUCUUAGUCGCGGGUCAGUAUUACAAUUGUGAGUUCACGCAUAGUAAUUAAUGCUGAAAAGGAUAUACUCUGACCAAAAAGGUAAGAGUAAUCAUAGGAACAAUUUAGCUUUUACACGAAUAUUCGCAUGAAAACGACUUGAUCUAAAAUAUAUUGUAAAAAAAUGGAAUACACUUUUUUUUUUCAGGGAACACAAGCGGACUUCUUGGUUACUGGGACGACAGCCAAGAAUUAGAAUAUCUUAAGCCCGAUGGCACGUUUCUGAGUACGAAUUCCAGCUUCAAAGAAAUCCACAGGAACUUUGGACAGCUUUGUAAUUAUUAUUUCCUCUUGACUCUUUAAAACAACGAAUUCAAUUUAAGGAUAUUUGUGCCCAUAAUUUCUGCAUAUCCUUAAUGCGCUUGUUAUUCACUGCAAUAUCACCAAGGAAGAGACUCACUGAGUGGUGGUCGGUACCGUAAGUUAGCAACCAAAACAAGUUUUGGUUUUUUAAUCUUGUUUAGAUGACAAGUUUUUUUUAGAUAAGGUGUGGUCUUUUUUUACUUAGAAAUAGAAAUUUAAUUAUAUAAUCCUUUUCAGCCUAGGACCGGUUUAACCUUAACCUAUUAUUUCACUGUGUCAGAUGUUUAGCAAUAAUUAGAAAGCGGUUCUGCCAUUUUAAGAAAUAGUGCGGGAAAAAUCUUGCGUGGAGAGAGAAGAAUCAACCCCCUCUUUUUCUUUGCAAGUCCAAAAGUUUAUUCGCAAGGCCUUUUGGCUCAAAAGUUAAAUACUUGAUGGGUCGCCAGCUUGUGGGCUUCUUCUUGAUUUCUUUUCCCGUCUACUUGUUUAAAGGGGUGACGACAGCAGCUGAGUCCCUGUUUACUUAUGAACAAGGCAAAAGCCAUGCAACUUAUCACCAUCCAAACUAUCAGCCGAUAUUUGCAGACAGUCAACCACUGGUGUUUUCCAAUAAAUCUCUGGAAAAAGAUGCCAAGGACGUUUGUGGAGACAAUUUGCAGUGUAUGUUUGAUAUUUACACGACUAAGAAGGUGACCAUUGGGAAAGCAAGUAAAGAAACUGUGGAACAGUUUGUCGCUGUCGUUAAUGAUACCGUUGAACUAGGUAUGAUUUAACAUCUUGAUGAGUGUUAGAACUGCACAGAAAUUGAAGGGAGCUGUUUACAGGUGAGGGUGUCUUGGACGAGAGCUGAUAACUUGUCUCUGAUGAAGAGCCUAGUUAACUAAAUACUUUUGCCUUUACUGACGGAGAGAAAGUCCUUGACGAUUUGGCAACAAAAAUGUAUCUGGACAACUCAAAGCACUACCCUAGCUCUCUUAAUUAAUAAUUAAAAGGAAACAUAAGAAAAUAAGAUAAGUGAUUGAAAUCUUUCGAGAGAAAAAAAAUGCUACCGUCAAGAGACGGUAUGUCUUUCAAUCGUCAAAUACCAAACCAGGCAGAUGUUCGUUACAGAUAAAGAGAUGUGCAAGUCAGUACAAGAGACUUAGUUAUUAAUUUUUCGCUUUUUGCAUAUUGAUGGCGGUCUAACGUGCGGUCUGUUUGUAAAUGGCUACGCCAGUUAGUUGAGUUUGACUAAUGGUCGCAGGUCGGGGUCCGAAGUCGUGGUCGCAGGUCCCAUUAGUUGCACGUAGCAUUGACCAACUCGAAAGCCUAAGCUAAUUUGGUCACUGUGCGCACACUUCACCUUUGAUGUUAUCGUAAUUUGUUGUUGUUGUUGUUUUUUUUUCUUUAUUUUGUUAUGUAUUGUAAUUUUAGUAGUAACCUCUUAAAAUAGUGCAAAAAGAUAGAAAAUCUGAAAAAUCUGAAUCUAUUCGUGGUACUUUGAAACAACUGUUUCGAACAAAAUAUAAGUCAGAGUAAUCAUUAUUUGCCGGUUACAUUAAAAUCACUGCACUGACGUCAUAGUAAUUUCGUUGCAUGUCGCUCACGUUUAACAGGUGUUAAACCAUUCCAUCUUAAAGAAAAUAAGAAACUACUCGGAGUCUUGGACGGUUGCUGAUACGCAUUAUUCCUUUACAGCUUGUGUACCACUAAACUCUGAGCUAACGGAUGGCAUCGUGUUCAGAAAUGAUACGGAAUUUGGCAUAGAUUACAUGUUUGUCUGCAAUAGAGGAUUUGUCUUGAACGGUUCAAGCCACGUGACUUGCAAAGACGGUGUUUACAAUGGUUCAGCCCCAGAAUGUCUUCCAAAAGGUAAGCUAUUGAAUAAAUUAUAUACCUAAGUUUUUUUAUGAGGGAACAAACAGCUGUUUAUUUUCCCGCAACGAAAAACAGGGAAAGGAAUGGUGUCCAAUCAUUGUACAUCAGACAAUAGAAAUUGCUCAUAAAAUUUGUAUAAGCCUAAUGAAAUGGAACCCGGCUCUGCGGACAACUGAUUAAACUGACACCCACGUAUAAAAGACACUUUCGUUUGUCCCGACGAAAAGCUCAUAAAUUUUCUCUAAAAUCAACCUGCUUAAUACGAACACAAGAUGAUAAGGACAAAGGACACUUUUGUGACCCGAGUUCGCCACAUCUCUCAUAUCUUGUUAACCCCGCUUCACGCAAGUUGGUUAUCGGCGCACUGUCUAUUUUCAUUUUGCUACAGUCUCAGUCAAAAUGGUUGGGACACUUUGGGGUCUCCUUGUCCCCUCAAUGUUGGUGUACAAGGUUUGGUGACCGAACCGCGAUAAACAACUUUGAGAGGGACGAGGUGAGCACGAGAAGGGAAAAAACAGCGUUUGGCUAAAGUGUCCCAACUAUUUUUGUCUAAGAGUGUGUCGGGGAGAAAUUUGAAGGCGCGUUGACAGAUAUAGAGGUUAAACUGUAGGUCGGUCACAAGCGACGGGUUUUUGGUUUGUUGGGCGUCCAUUGUGUUUCGCGAACGUUUCUAUAGCAGUGAACUAAGUUAUUUGGGCAUAACAACAUAACACAAAGAAUGACCAGUUCGCAGAAAUUUCUUGAACAGAGUAGAGUAUUGGAAAAUAAAGGGAACUGAGUGUGCAGUAAGUCGUACACAAAUAGCUUUCUUGUGGCCGAUUGGUAGCGUGACAACAUAGCACGUGCAUGGCUAUCUACGUAAGAUUCGGGGCUUUUCGUAUACGGAGAGGCGCCCUGAAUGUGCCACAUUUCUGGAAAAAAUGUGUGGAAAAUAACAAAGAAGGUCUCUUUGCCAAGAAAGAGUAUAGGAACAAGGCUCAAAGGGACGCCUUUCUAACUUAACGGCAAGAGGCGAAAGACAGCCGAAAAGAGCGAUUAAGCGAUGUCAAGAGAAAGGGGGAAACUUUUUCUCCAGUUUGGAGGAAAAUGCAACAAGCCAGGAUUAUUCCCAAAACGUAUCAGCGAGAACAGUAUCCCGCUUUCUAAAUUUCUAAAGAUACUAUUCAGGACUACCAGCGCGUAAAAAGGGUGUCCAACAAUAGUGUAACUGUUUGGUCCGACGCCAAAAAGUUUCUUAAUGAUAUUCCAGGCUACUGCUGUGAAAUCGACAACUUUUUAUAACUUGCUUACAGCAUAUGUUAAUUUGGCCUUGCGCCAAAUGGUGACAUCGGUUCUCAUUCUUUACCCCAAAUAUACACUUUCCUGAAGAGCUCUAAAACAAACUACUGUGCCAUAAAUGUGGGACUUGAGGUCCAAAACAUGAAUCAUAUCAAACGAGGACAGUACCUAUCCUUAAAACCUCCAAAAAAAGCGUUAUACUCGACGUGUACACGGGUCACCGUGCAUUAAUUCAAUUAAGAUAUUAUAAGUUUCUUUCAGCGAACAAUCGUGUCACCAUGAUCAAAGUUUUAAUGACUUGUCUUACAUGUAUCAAGGCGCUAUAAACCUUAGCUAUUUCAAUUAAGUGUGAAAGUCCCUUAUCCUUUUCUUUCUUAAUCCUUUGUAUAUACCAGAGAGGUCUUAGAAAAUGCCCUGGAUAGUAUGGUGACCUGUUAUGGUGACCCGUCUAAUCGUGCCUCCACCGGUAUAAUAUAUUUAAGCGGCAAGAUACAAGCCUGCGAAAUAAGGCGCGCAGUUUUGACUCAACUGUUGUUCACUCUUUAAACCCAAUACGUAGAAAACUUUUUUUAAUACUUCGGAAUGUUGUAAUUAAAGAAACAAAGACUUCUUUCCUCUAUUGAUUGUCUUCUCUCUUUCUAUCCGUGAAAUCUCUAAUGUUUUUUCCCGAAAAAAUGGCUCCGAAACGUGCAUAUACCUGCCUAGCGAUUUCCCGCCACUAGAGCCAACUUGGAGUCACAUACCUAAAAUUCCUCUAAAAUACAGUCUUAGUCAAAAUGGUUGGGACACUUUGGGGUCUCCUUGUCCCCUCAAUGUUGGUGUACAAGAUUUGGUGACCGAACCGCGAUAAACAACUUUGAGAGGGACGAGGUGAGCACGAGAAGGGAAAAAACAGCGUUUGGCUAAAGUGUCCCAACUAUUUUUGUCUAAGAGUGUGUCGGGGAGAAAUUUGAAGGCGCGUUGACAGAUAUAGAGGUUAAACUGUAGGUCGGUCACAAGCGACGGGUUUUUGGUUUGUUGGGCGUCCAUUGUGUUUCGCGAACGUUUCUAUAGCAGUGAACUAAGUUAUUUGGGCAUAACAACAUAACACAAAGAAUGACCAGUUCGCAGAAAUUUCUUGAACAGAGUAGAGUAUUGGAAAAUAAAGGGAACUGAGUGUGCAGUAAGUCGUACACAAAUAGCUUUCUUGUGGCCGAUUGGUAGCGUGACAACAUAGCACGUGCAUGGCUAUCUACGUAAGAUUCGGGGCUUUUCGUAUACGGAGAGGCGCCCGAAUGUGCCACAUUUCUGGAAAAAUGUGUGGAAAAUAACAAAGAAGGUCUCUUUGCCAAGAAAGAGUAUAGGAACAAGGCUCAAAGGGACGCCUUUCUAACUUAACGGCAAGAGGCGAAAGACAGCCGAAAGAGCGAUUAAGCGAUGUCAAGAGAAAGGGGGAAACUUUUUCUCCAGUUUGGAGGAAAAUGCAACAAGCCAGGAUUAUUCCCAAAACGUAUCAGCGAGAACAGUAUCCCGCUUUCUAAAUUUCUAAAGAUACUAUUCAGGACUACCAGCGCGUAAAAAGGGUGUCCAACAAUAGUGUAACUGUUUGGUCCGACGCCAAAAAGUUUCUUAAUGAUAUUCCAGGCUACUGCUGUGAAAUCGACAACUUUUUAUAACUUGCUUACAACAUAUGUUAAUUUGGCCUUGCGCCAAAUGGUGACAUCGGUUCUCAUUCUUUACCCCAAAUAUACACUUUCCUGAAGAGCUCUAAAACAAACUACUGUGCCAUAAAUGUGGGACUUGAGGUCCAAAACAUGAAUCAUAUCAAACGAGGACAGUACCUAUCCUUAAAACCUCCAAAAAAAGCGUUAUACUCGACGUGUACACGGGUCACCGUGCAUUAAUUCAAUUAAGAUAUUAUAAGUUUCUUUCAGCGAACAAUCGUGUCACCAUGAUCAAAGUUUUAAUGACUUGUCUUACAUGUAUCAAGGCGCUAUAAACCUUAGCUAUUUCAAUUAAGUGUGAAAGUCCCUUAUCCUUUUCUUUCUUAAUCCUUUGUAUAUACCAGAGAGGUCUUAGAAAAUGCCCUGGAUAGUAUGGUGACCUGUUAUGGUGACCCGUCUAAUCGUGCCUCCACCGGUAUAAUAUAUUUAAGCGGCAAGAUACAAGCCUGCGAAAUAAGGCGCGCAGUUUUGACUCAACUGUUGUUCACUCUUUAAACCCAAUACGUAGAAAACUUUUUUUAAUACUUCGGAAUGUUGUAAUUAAAGAAACAAAGACUUCUUUCCUCUAUUGAUUGUCUUCUCUCUUUCUAUCCGUGAAAUCUCUAAUGUUUUUUUCCCGAAAAAAUGGCUCCGAAACGUGCAUAUACCUGCCUAGCGAUUUCCCGCCACUAGAGCCAACUUGGAGUCACAUACCUAAAAUUCCUCUAAAAUACAGUCUCAGUCAAAAUGGUUGGGACACUUUGGGGUCUCCUUGUCCCCUCAAUGUUGGUGUACAAGGUUUGGUGACCGAACCGCGAUAAACAACUUUGAGAGGGACGAGGUGAGCACGAGAAGGAAAAAAACAGCGUUUGGCUAAAGUGUCCCAACUAUUUUUGUCUAAGAGUGUGUCGGGGAGAAAUUUGAAGGCGCGUUGACAGAUAUAGAGGUUAAACUGUAGGUCGGUCACAAGCGACGGGUUUUUGGUUUGUUGGGCGUCUAUUGUGUUUCGCGAACGUUUCUAUAGCAGUGAACUAAGUUAUUUGGGCAUAACAACAUAACACAAAGAAUGACCAGUUCGCAGAAAUUUCUUGAACAGAGUAGAGUAUUGGAAAAUAAAGGGAACUGAGUGUGCAGUAAGUCGUACACAAAUAGCUUUCUUUGUGGCCGAUUGGUAGCGUGACAACAUAGCACGUGCAUGGCUAUCUACGUAAGAUUCGGGGCUUUUCGUAUACGGAGAGGCGCCUGAAUGUGCCACAUUUCUGGAAAAAAAUGUGUGGAAAAUAACAAAGAAGGUCUCUUUGCCAAGAAAGAGUAUAGGAACAAGGCUCAAAGGGACGCCUUUCUAACUUAACGGCAAGAGGCGAAAGACAGCCGAAAGAGCGAUUAAGCGAUGUCAAGAGAAAGGGGGAAACUUUUUCUCCAGUUUGGAGGAAAAUGCAACAAGCCAGGAUUAUUCCCAAAACGUAUCAGCGAGAACAGUAUCCCGCUUUCUAAAUUUCUAAAGAUACUAUUCAGGACUACAAGCGCGUAAAAAGGGUGUCCAACAAUAGUGUAACUGUUUGGUCCGACGCCAAAAAGUUUCUUAAUGAUAUUCCAGGCUACUGCUGUGAAAUCGACAACUUUUUAUAACUUGUUUACAACAUAUGUUAAUUUGGCCUUGCGCCAAAUGGUGACAUCGGUUCUCAUUCUUUACCCCAAAUAUACACUUUCCUGAAGAGCUCUAAAACAAACUACUGUGCCAUAAAUGUGGGACUUGAGGUCCAAAACAUGAAUCAUAUCAAACGAGGACAGUACCUAUCCUUAAAACCUCCAAAAAAAGCGUUAUACUCGACGUGUACACGGGUCACCGUGCAUUAAUUCAAUUAAGAUAUUAUAAGUUUCUUUCAGCGAACAAUCGUGUCACCAUGAUCAAAGUUUUAAUAACUUGUCUUACAUGUAUCAAGGCGCUAUAAACCUUAGCUAUUUCAAUUAAGUGUGAAAGUCCCUUAUCCUUUUCUUUCUUAAUCCUUUGUAUAUACCAGAGAGGUCUUAGAAAAUGCCCUGGAUAGUAUGGUGACCUGUUAUGGUGACCCGUCUAAUCGUGCCUCCACCGGUAUAAUAUAUUUAAGCGGCAAGAUACAAGCCUGCGAAAUAAGGCGCGCAGUUUUGACUCAACUGUUGUUCACUCUUUAAACCCAAUACGUAGAAAACUUUUUUUAAUACUUCGGAAUGUUGUAAUUAAAGAAACAAAGACUUCUUUCCUCUAUUGAUUGUCUUCUCUCUUUCUAUCCGUGAAAUCUCUAAUGUUUUUUCCCGAAAAAAUGGCUCCGAAACGUGCAUAUACCUGCCUAGCGAUUUCCCGCCACUAGAGCCAACUUGGAGUCACAUACCUAAAAUUCCUCUAAAAUACAGUCUCAGUCAAAAUGGUUGGGACACUUUGGGGUCUCCUUGUCCCCUCAAUGUUGGUGUACAAGGUUUGGUGACCGAACCGCGAUAAACAACUUUGAGAGGGACGAGGUGAGCACGAGAAGGGAAAAAACAGCGUUUGGCUAAAGUGUCCCAACUAUUUUUGUCUAAGAGUGUGUCGGGGAGAAAUUUGAAGGCGCGUUGACAGAUAUAGAGGUUAAACUGUAGGUCGGUCACAAGCGACGGGUUUUUGGUUUGUUGGGCGUCUAUUGUGUUUCGCGAACGUUUCUAUAGCAGUGAACUAAGUUAUUUGGGCAUAACAACAUAACACAAAGAAUGACCAGUUCGCAGAAAUUUCUUGAACAGAGUAGAGUAUUGGAAAAUAAAGGGAACUGAGUGUGCAGUAAGUCGUACACAAAUAGCUUUCUUGUGGCCGAUUGGUAGCGUGACAACAUAGCACGUGCAUGGCUAUCUACGUAAGAUUCGGGGCUUUUCGUAUACGGAGAGGCGCCUGAAUGUGCCACAUUUCUGGAAAAAAAUGUGUGGAAAAUAACAAAGAAGGUCUCUUUGCCAAGAAAGAGUAUAGGAACAAGGCUCAAAGGGACGCCUUUCUAACUUAACGGCAAGAGGCGAAAGACAGCCGAAAGAGCGAUUAAGCGAUGUCAAGAGAAAGGGGGGGAAACUUUUUCUCCAGUUUGGAGGAAAAUGCAACAAGCCAGGAUUAUUCCCAAAACGUAUCAGCGAGAACAGUAUCCCGCUUUCUAAAUUUCUAAAGAUACUAUUCAGGACUACCAGCGCGUAAAAAGGGUGUCCAACAAUAGUGUAACUGUUUGGUCCGACGCCAAAAAGUUUCUUAAUGAUAUUCCAGGCUACUGCUGUGAAAUCGACAACUUUUUAUAACUUGCUUACAGCAUAUGUUAAUUUGGCCUUGCGCCAAAUGGUGACAUCGGUUCUCAUUCUUUACCCCAAAUAUACACUUUCCUGAAGAGCUCUAAAACAAACUACUGUGCCAUAAAUGUGGGACUUGAGGUCCAAAACAUGAAUCAUAUCAAACGAGGACAGUACCUAUCCUUAAAACCUCCAAAAAAGCGUUAUACUCGACGUGUACACGGGUCACCGUGCAUUAAUUCAAUUAAGAUAUUAUAAGUUUUUUUCAGCGAACAAUCGUGUCACCAUGAUCAAAGUUUUAAUAACUUGUCUUACAUGUAUCAAGGCGCUAUAAACCUUAGCUAUUUCAAUUAAGUGUGAAAGUCCCUUAUCCUUUUCUUUCUUAAUCCUUUGUAUAUACCAGAGAGGUCUUAGAAAAUGCCCUGGAUAGUAUGGUGACCUGUUAUGGUGACCCGUCUAAUCGUGCCUCCACCGGUAUAAUAUAUUUAAGCGGCAAGAUACAAGCCUGCGAAAUAAGGCGCGCAGUUUUGACUCAACUGUUGUUCACUCUUUAAACCCAAUACGUAGAAAACCUUUUUUUAAUACUUCGGAAUGUUGUAAUUAAAGAAACAAAGACUUCUUUCCUCUAUUGAUUGUCUUCUCUCUUUCUAUCCGUGAAAUCUCUAAUGUUUUUUCCCGAAAAAAUGGCUCCGAAACGUGCAUAUACCUGCCUAGCGAUUUCCCGCCACUAGAGCCAACUUGAGUCACAUACCUAAAAUUCCUCUAAAAUACAGUCUCAGUCAAAAUGGUUGGGACACUUUGGGGUCUCCUUGUCCCCUCAAUGUUGGUGUACAAGGUUUGGUGACCGAACCGCGAUAAACAACUUUGAGAGGGACGAGGUGAGCACGAGAAGGGAAAAAACAGCGUUUGGCUAAAGUGUCCCAACUAUUUUUGUCUAAGAGUGUGUCGGGGAGAAAUUUGAAGGCGCGUUGACAGAUAUAGAGGUUAAACUGUAGGUCGGUCACAAGCGACGGGUUUUUGGUUUGUUGGGCGUCCAUUGUGUUUCGCGAACGUUUCUAUAGCAGUGAACUAAGUUAUUUGGGCAUAACAACAUAACACAAAGAAUGACCAGUUCGCAGAAAUUUCUUGAACAGAGUAGAGUAUUGGAAAAUAAAGGGAACUGAGUGUGCAGUAAGUCGUACACAAAUAGCUUUCUUGUGGCCGAUUGGUAGCGUGACAACAUAGCACGUGCAUGGCUAUCUACGUAAGAUUCGGGGCUUUUCGUAUACGGAGAGGCGCCCGAAUGUGCCACAUUUCUGGAAAAAAUGUGUGGAAAAUAACAAAGAAGGUCUCUUUGCCAAGAAAGAGUAUAGGAACAAGGCUCAAAGGGACGCCUUUCUAACUUAACGGCAAGAGGCGAAAGACAGCCGAAAGAGCGAUUAAGCGAUGUCAAGAGAAAGGGGGAAACUUUUUCUCCAGUUUGGAGGAAAAUGCAACAAGCCAGGAUUAUUCCCAAAACGUAUCAGCGAGAACAGUAUCCCGCUUUCUAAAUUUCUAAAGAUACUAUUCAGGACUACCAGCGCGUAAAAAGGGUGUCCAACAAUAGUGUAACUGUUUGGUCCGACGCCAAAAAGUUUCUUAAUGAUAUUCCAGGCUACUGCUGUGAAAUCGACAACUUUUUAUAACUUGCUUACAGCAUAUGUUAAUUUGGCCUUGCGCCAAAUGGUGACAUCGGUUCUCAUUCUUUACCCCAAAUAUACACUUUCCUGAAGAGCUCUAAAACAAACUACUGUGCCAUAAAUGUGGGACUUGAGGUCCAAAACAUGAAUCAUAUCAAACGAGGACAGUACCUAUCCUUAAAACCUCCAAAAAAAGCGUUAUACUCGACGUGUACACGGGUCACCGUGCAUUAAUUCAAUUAAGAUAUUAUAAGUUUCUUUCAGCGAACAAUCGUGUCACCAUGAUCAAAGUUUUAAUAACUUGUCUUACAUGUAUCAAGGCGCUAUAAACCUUAGCUAUUUCAAUUAAGUGUGAAAGUCCCUUAUCCUUUUCUUUUCUUAAUCCUUUGUAUAUACCAGAGAGGUCUUAGAAAAUGCCCUGGAUAGUAUGGUGACCUGUUAUGGUGACCCGUCUAAUCGUGCCUCCACCGGUAUAAUAUAUUUAAGCGGCAAGAUACAAGCCUGCGAAAUAAGGCGCGCAGUUUUGACUCAACUGUUGUUCACUCUUUAAACCCAAUACGUAGAAAACUUUUUUUAAUACUUCGGAAUGUUGUAAUUAAAGAAACAAAGACUUCUUUCCUCUAUUGAUUGUCUUCUCUCUUUCUAUCCGUGAAAUCUCUAAUGUUUUUUCCCGAAAAAUGGCUCCGAAACGUGCAUAUACCUGCCUAGCGAUUUCCCGCCACUAGAGCCAACUUGGAGUCACAUACCUAAAAUUCCUCUAAAAUACAGUCUUAGUCAAAAUGGUUGGGACACUUUGGGGUCUCCUUGUCCCCUCAAUGUUGGUGUACAAGAUUUGGUGACCGAACCGCGAUAAACAACUUUGAGAGGGACGAGGUGAGCACGAGAAGGGAAAAAAACAGCGUUUGGCUAAAGUGUCCCAACUAUUUUUGUCUAAGAGUGUGUCGGGGAGAAAUUUGAAGGCGCGUUGACAGAUAUAGAGGUUAAACUGUAGGUCGGUCACAAGCGACGGGUUUUUGGUUUGUUGGGCGUCUAUUGUGUUUCGCGAACGUUUCUAUAGCAGUGAACUAAGUUAUUUGGGCAUAACAACAUAACACAAAGAAUGACCAGUUCGCAGAAAUUUCUUGAACAGAGUAGAGUAUUGGAAAAUAAAGGGAACUGAGUGUGCAGUAAGUCGUACACAAAUAGCUUUCUUGUGGCCGAUUGGUAGCGUGACAACAUAGCACGUGCAUGGCUAUCUACGUAAGAUUCGGGGCUUUUCGUAUACGGAGAGGCGCCCGAAUGUGCCACAUUUCUGGAAAAAAUGUGUGGAAAAUAACAAAGAAGGUCUCUUUGCCAAGAAAGAGUAUAGGAACAAGGCUCAAAGGGACGCCUUUCUAACUUAACGGCAAGAGGCGAAAGACAGCCGAAAGAGCGAUUAAGCGAUGUCAAGAGAAAGGGGGAAACUUUUUCUCCAGUUUGGAGGAAAAUGCAACAAGCCAGGAUUAUUCCCAAAACGUAUCAGCGAGAACAGUAUCCCGCUUUCUAAAUUUCUAAAGAUACUAUUCAGGACUACCAGCGCGUAAAAAGGGUGUCCAACAAUAGUGUAACUGUUUGGUCCGACGCCAAAAAGUUUCUUAAUGAUAUUCCAGGCUACUGCUGUGAAAUCGACAACUUUUUAUAACUUGCUUACAGCAUAUGUUAAUUUGGCCUUGCGCCAAAUGGUGACAUCGGUUCUCAUUCUUUACCCCAAAUAUACACUUUCCUGAAGAGCUCUAAAACAAACUACUGUGCCAUAAAUGUGGGACUUGAGGUCCAAAACAUGAAUCAUAUCAAACGAGGACAGUACCUAUCCUUAAAACCUCCAAAAAAAGCGUUAUACUCGACGUGUACACGGGUCACCGUGCAUUAAUUCAAUUAAGAUAUUAUAAGUUUCUUUCAGCGAACAAUCGUGUCACCAUGAUCAAAGUUUUAAUAACUUGUCUUACAUGUAUCAAGGCGCUAUAAACCUUAGCUAUUUCAAUUAAGUGUGAAAGUCCCUUAUCCUUUUCUUUCUUAAUCCUUUGUAUAUACCAGAGAGGUCUUAGAAAAUGCCCUGGAUAGUAUGGUGACCUGUUAUGGUGACCCGUCUAAUCGUGCCUCCACCGGUAUAAUAUAUUUAAGCGGCAAGAUACAAGCCUGCGAAAUAAGGCGCGCAGUUUUGACUCAACUGUUGUUCACUCUUUAAACCCAAUACGUAGAAAACUUUUUUUAAUACUUCGGAAUGUUGUAAUUAAAGAAACAAAGACUUCUUUCCUCUAUUGAUUGUCUUCUCUCUUUCUAUCCGUGAAAUCUCUAAUGUUUUUCCCGAAAAAAAAUGGCUCCGAAACGUGCAUAUACCUGCCUAGCGAUUUCCCGCCACUAGAGCCAACUUGGAGUCACAUACCUAAAAUUCCUCUAAAAUACAGUCUCAGUCAAAAUGGUUGGGACACUUUGGGGUCUCCUUGUCCCCUCAAUGUUGGUGUACAAGGUUUGGUGACCGAACCGCGAUAAACAACUUUGAGAGGGACGAGGUGAGCACGAGAAGGGAAAAAACAGCGUUUGGCUAAAGUGUCCCAACUAUUUUUGUCUAAGAGUGUGUCGGGGAGAAAUUUGAAGGCGCGUUGACAGAUAUAGAGGUUAAACUGUAGGUCGGUCACAAGCGACGGGUUUUUGGUUUGUUGGGCGUCCAUUGUGUUUCGCGAACGUUUCUAUAGCAGUGAACUAAGUUAUUUGGGCAUAACAACAUAACACAAAGAAUGACCAGUUCGCAGAAAUUUCUUGAACAGAGUAGAGUAUUGGAAAAUAAAGGGAACUGAGUGUGCAGUAAGUCGUACACAAAUAGCUUUCUUGUGGCCGAUUGGUAGCGUGACAACAUAGCACGUGCAUGGCUAUCUACGUAAGAUUCGGGGCUUUUCGUAUACGGAGAGGCGCCUGAAUGUGCCACAUUUCUGGAAAAAUGUGUGGAAAAUAACAAAGAAGGUCUCUUUGCCAAGAAAGAGUAUAGGAACAAGGCUCAAAGGGACGCCUUUCUAACUUAACGGCAAGAGGCGAAAGACAGCCGAAAGAGCGAUUAAGCGAUGUCAAGAGAAAGGGGAAACUUUUUCUCCAGUUUGGAGGAAAAUGCAACAAGCCAGGAUUAUUCCCAAAACGUAUCAGCGAGAACAGUAUCCCGCUUUCUAAAUUUCUAAAGAUACUAUUCAGGACUACCAGCGCGUAAAAAGGGUGUCCAACAAUAGUGUAACUGUUUGGUCCGACGCCAAAAAGUUUCUUAAUGAUAUUCCAGGCUACUGCUGUGAAAUCGACAACUUUUUAUAACUUGCUUACAGCAUAUGUUAAUUUGGCCUUGCGCCAAAUGGUGACAUCGGUUCUCAUUCUUUACCCCAAAUAUACACUUUCCUGAAGAGCUCUAAAACAAACUACUGUGCCAUAAAUGUGGGACUUGAGGUCCAAAACAUGAAUCAUAUCAAACGAGGACAGUACCUAUCCUUAAAACCUCCAAAAAAGCGUUAUACUCGACGUGUACACGGGUCACCGUGCAUUAAUUCAAUUAAGAUAUUAUAAGUUUCUUUCAGCGAACAAUCGUGUCACCAUGAUCAAAGUUUUAAUAACUUGUCUUACAUGUAUCAAGGCGCUAUAAACCUUAGCUAUUUCAAUUAAGUGUGAAAGUCCCUUAUCCUUUUCUUUCUUAAUCCUUUGUAUAUACCAGAGAGGUCUUAGAAAAUGCCCUGGAUAGUAUGGUGACCUGUUAUGGUGACCCGUCUAAUCGUGCCUCCACCGGUAUAAUAUAUUUAAGCGGCAAGAUACAAGCCUGCGAAAUAAGGCGCGCAGUUUUGACUCAACUGUUGUUCACUCUUUUAAACCCAAUACGUAGAAAACUUUUUUAAUACUUCGGAAUGUUGUAAUUAAAGAAACAAAGACUUCUUUCCUCUAUUGAUUGUCUUCUCUCUUUCUAUCCGUGAAAUCUCUAAUGUUUUUUCCCGAAAAAAUGGCUCCGAAACGUGCAUAUACCUGCCUAGCGAUUUCCCGCCACUAGAGCCAACUUGGAGUCACAUACCUAAAAUUCCUCUAAAAUACAGUCUCAGUCAAAAUGGUUGGGACACUUUGGGGUCUCCUUGUCCCCUCAAUGUUGGUGUACAAGAUUUGGUGACCGAACCGCGAUAAACAACUUUGAGAGGGACGAGGUGAGCACGAGAAGGGAAAAAACAGCGUUUGGCUAAAGUGUCCCAACUAUUUUUGUCUAAGAGUGUGUCGGGGAGAAAUUUGAAGGCGCGUUGACAGAUAUAGAGGUUAAACUGUAGGUCGGUCACAAGCGACGGGUUUUUGGUUUGUUGGGCGUCUAUUGUGUUUCGCGAACGUUUCUAUAGCAGUGAACUAAGUUAUUUGGGCAUAACAACAUAACACAAAGAAUGACCAGUUCGCAGAAAUUUCUUGAACAGAGUAGAGUAUUGGAAAAUAAAGGGAACUGAGUGUGCAGUAAGUCGUACACAAAUAGCUUUCUUGUGGCCGAUUGGUAGCGUGACAACAUAGCACGUGCAUGGCUAUCUACGUAAGAUUCGGGGCUUUUCGUAUACGGAGAGGCGCCCGAAUGUGCCACAUUUCUGGAAAAAAUGUGUGGAAAAUAACAAAGAAGGUCUCUUUGCCAAGAAAGAGUAUAGGAACAAGGCUCAAAGGGACGCCUUUCUAACUUAACGGCAAGAGGCGAAAGACAGCCGAAAGAGCGAUUAAGCGAUGUCAAGAGAAAGGGGGAAACUUUUUCUCCAGUUUGGAGGAAAAUGCAACAAGCCAGGAUUAUUCCCAAAACGUAUCAGCGAGAACAGUAUCCCGCUUUCUAAAUUUCUAAAGAUACUAUUCAGGACUACCAGCGCGUAAAAAGGGUGUCCAACAAUAGUGUAACUGUUUGGUCCGACGCCAAAAAGUUUCUUAAUGAUAUUCCAGGCUACUGCUGUGAAAUCGACAACUUUUAUAACUUGCUUACAACAUAUGUUAAUUUGGCCUUGCGCCAAAUGGUGACAUCGGUUCUCAUUCUUUACCCCAAAUAUACACUUUCCUGAAGAGCUCUAAAACAAACUACUGUGCCAUAAAUGUGGGACUUGAGGUCCAAAACAUGAAUCAUAUCAAACGAGGACAGUACCUAUCCUUAAAACCUCCAAAAAAAGCGUUAUACUCGACGUGUACACGGGUCACCGUGCAUUAAUUCAAUUAAGAUAUUAUAAGUUUCUUUCAGCGAACAAUCGUGUCACCAUGAUCAAAGUUUUAAUAACUUGUCUUACAUGUAUCAAGGCGCUAUAAACCUUAGCUAUUUCAAUUAAGUGUGAAAGUCCCUUAUCCUUUUCUUUCUUAAUCCUUUGUAUAUACCAGAGAGGUCUUAGAAAAUGCCCUGGAUAGUAUGGUGACCUGUUAUGGUGACCCGUCUAAUCGUGCCUCCACCGGUAUAAUAUAUUUAAGCGGCAAGAUACAAGCCUGCGAAAUAAGGCGCGCAGUUUUGACUCAACUGUUGUUCACUCUUUAAACCCAAUACGUAGAAAACUUUUUUUAAUACUUCGGAAUGUUGUAAUUAAAGAAACAAAGACUUCUUUCCUCUAUUGAUUGUCUUCUCUCUUUCUAUCCGUGAAAUCUCUAAUGUUUUUUCCCGAAAAAAUGGCUCCGAAACGUGCAUUUACCUGCCUAGCGAUUUCCCGCCACUAGAGCCAACUUGGAGUCACAUACCUAAAAUUCCUCUAAAAUACAGUCUCAGUCAAAAUGGUUGGGACACUUUGGGGUCUCCUUGUCCCCUCAAUGUUGGUGUACAAGGUUUGGUGACCGAACCGCGAUAAACAACUUUGAGAGGGACGAGGUGAGCACGAGAAGGGAAAAAACAGCGUUUGGCUAAAGUGUCCCAACUAUUUUUGUCUGAGACUGUAGUUGUACACAUUAUACCCUGUGCAAAUAAUGACAGAUUUAUGGGCGUCUAUGCGAUUUUAUCAUCGGAAAAAACAGUAGCAAAGAUGCGUGGUAUGUUUGAUUUCGAUCAGUCCGUCUUUCUUAAUUAUGGUGUUUUACCCUUUUAUUUUGGUCCUUUAUUAAAGUUUUCACUCUUAUUGCUCAGGUUUCACUUCCUUAGCUUUUUCUUUCAGUCAUGUCUCCUUUGUAUGUUUAUAUCAAUAAAAUGUCUCCUUGAAGUUUUUUUCUGAGAGCCCGGUUAAUACGGACACCAGGAUAAUGCUAGCAGUAUUGCAUGUGCCCUUGGUCUCCGUAUCAUGAACUGGUUCCACUGCAACACUUUUCAGCUGCUGUAGUCACUGUUGCAUGUUUGUAUUUAUGCUUGUUUUUGCUGAUGAGCGUAUUUAACCUUUUACAAAAUACAAUUUGCUAUUCAAACGUUUUGGCAAACAAACACAGAUACUUUUUAAAAAGUGAGUAACGGUUGCGCUAUUCUCAAAACAAAACUGUGGCGCUGCGUCGAUUGCGAAGUAGGACAAAAAAAAUUGAGUUAUAUCAACUGAUUUUAUAAAGUAUAUAUAAACUUACCAGUGAAGAGAGAUUCAAGUCAGAGUGGACAGAUCAAGAGUGAAUCGAUUUUCUCUGAGAAAGGGCAAGCGCUCUACUAUUUGGAAAUUUUAAUUGCUCAAUUUUAAACAUAUUUACAAGAAAUUUCAGCUAUCUCUUUGCUGCCAUUACCCAGCUUACACCUGUUCUUGACGGCACAGAGAAAAGCUCCUCGCUCAUGCGACUGGUCUUUACCCAACAGGCAGACCUCAGCGGUCCAUAUGGGGGAAGGAGAGCCAUGUUGCACGUCGCUACCUUCUUUAAGUGUAAAAAUUUAUUUAUGACAAUUUAAUAACCAGCUUCCUGUUGCCGGUUAACUCAAUUGGUUAGUGCGCUGUACACAUGCUUCUGGAGGUCAGGGUGCGAGUCCUGGCGAGCGCCUGAUUUUUGUCAGGCUUUUUUCACCGCAAGUCAAAGAUUCGUGUCUAACUGCGAUGAUCUUGAAAUUUAAUUUUUACCCUUUUUAAAAUAAUGAAAACUUAUGAACAUUUCCUUAUGCAGAGUGUUCUCCGCCUUUAUCAAGUUAUCUGGCCAAUGGUCACGUUCAAGGAAGCGGCCACGUUUAUCGUUCGAAUUACAACUUUACCUGCAACAGCGGCUACGUCCUUUUUGGUGAUGAUUACAUCACCUGUACAGAAAACGGAACCUGGAAUGGCACAUCUCCUGUAUGUGUAAAAGGUAAUGAAAACUUACUUAUCACUUUUUAGUCUGAAAGGAGAGAUUAUAUCAAAUUAGAGCGAUUUUCGGAUCAAGAAUCAAGCGUUAAAUUUAGGACAAACUAGUUUUAGGGGGCAAAAUUUUUGGCUAAUCUUACACAUUGGAUCUCUAACGCAUGACUUUAACCAGGGACCGCGCAGUAAGUUUCCGACUGGGGGUGCUAAAGAAGAAUGCGUGAAGGAAUUUUUUUGGGGGGGGGCCGGGGGGGCAUGCUGGUGGAUCUCUAUUCAAUUUCUCUAAAGUGACGGAGAAUGCGAAUAACGAUAAAACUAUUGAUUUUUUUCCACAUCUUCAGUGAUGUUGCUAUCGGGUCUGAAAAUUCACCAUCACUAAAUUGAACUAUCAUAGAUUGUUAUGUUAUACUACUGAUAUCAACCUUUAAUUACUAUAAAUAAGCCAGAAAUCCAACGAUUUUGCUUGAGCUGCCUUGAACUCAAGGCUGUAUAAUUACUGAGCAAUUAUUGCACGAGGCUGAGUAUGAUAUGAAGAGUUAUGCAGAUCGAGGGGGUUAUCCGCCAAAGCCGAAGGCUUGAGCCCGGUGGAUAACACCCUCCGAGAUCUGUAUAUCUUCAUAUCAUACGAAAGCCGAGUUCAAGCUGAGUUCAAUAAUUGUUUAAUUAUUCAUUAAAAAUAUUUACACGGCAAAACAAAACGGUAACUGAAAAUAAUUUAGUGAAUGAAGAUUCAAUUAUAGAACAGAUUCAGAAAAAAGUAGCAAAAAUUAUGCAGAGUUUACUCACCAGAUAAAGAAGGUUUUCCAUUUUGUUUGGAUAAGUAAUCAGAAAUUUAAGAGAUCUCUUUUUUGCAUUACUAGUGGUAUGUGAAGUCUCGUCGUUCGUAUUUAUGUUGCCGUGUACCAUGUUCACUUCUUUAUUCGUAAUAACCGCCGGAUUGAAUGUGCCUUGAUGACCAGAGCUAUACACAAUUCCGCGGUUUAAGUACUUUCGAUGACAAAAUGUUUUUAUAAACAGACCGCGUUCAACAAAACUUGCAAUUGGAAUGCUCAACGAGCCGCGAAGCCUGACAUCAAAAGACGGACUUCGCGCUGAUCGAGCUAAAAUCAGGACGCACAAUAACAAGAGAAACAAUAACUUCAUGAUCUUCCAAAAAUCAAGAUUGAAACUAAUAAACAAUUUGUUUGAGAAUCGCCUUAUAAACUAAACCCAGUUAUUACUUUGGAUCGAAAUUGACCAAUUACAAAACAACGCGUUUUCCUGAGAGGUCCGCAGGAAAAAGAAGCCAUUUAAAAGACGUUUACCUAUGCUAGGUUAGAAGCGAAAAAAUAUUUUACAAUUGUAACGACUAAUGCUUCAUUCUGUCUAUUUAUCUGCGCGUUGGUCUUUGCCAGUAACUCUGGUCACUUUCGAAUUACUUUUGUUAAAUUAUUUUUGGUUUAAUUUGUUUUUAUUCUUGCAAAAAAGUGGGGGCCCCCCAGCCCCUCCCGCUGCGCAGUCCCUGUUAACGCUUGAGCAGGAUCAAGUUGUCCUCAUACAACAAAGGUCAGAUAAAUCAUCCAAUCAACUUGUUGCUUUAAGAACCAAUCACUAGCUGGAUUCUGUUUGCUACAUGAAGAGCAGGCUCAAGCUUAGUUUACAACACUAUCUGUCUUGGUGAGCUCUUGUUGACAGCUAUAUACCUAACCAACUGACGAAGGGUCCAAUAUUUGGUUCCGAAACCGGUCUUGCAGUCACAGCUUAAAGCAGAGUGUUACGUUCUUCUUAGAACUUAACCAUGAAAUACCUACAAUCUGGAACCAAAUAGAUCAGUGUCAUUUUGCCUACACCGCUGAAAGCUUGGUUCCGUACCUAAAGAUCAGUUUAUUUUGUUUUCAUCGAUACAAAGUAGGUAGGUAGGUAGGUAGAUUUUUUAUUUAAAACUCGGUAAAAUCUUCAGUAAUAAUAGAGUAAAAAUCUAAUCACAAUUAAUUAGACUAAAAACUAUCGACAUACUGUUUUACAAGACUGCCGAGUGAGAGUCCGACGACUCAAAUACAUGUUUGAUUUGCUCUUUAAAUUUCCUGACUGAUUUAGUUUCUCUCACAUUUUCGGGUAAAGAGUUCCACAACAAAGCACCGCUGUAACUGAAACUUCGUUUCAAGUAGUUAGUACGCGGCCUGGGCAACGUCAAUUUAUGAAAGGAAUUGCGCAAAUCAUAGUCUGUGCUUCGUUCGUGAAAUAGGUUCUGCAAGUACACUGGAGCUUGUUCAUUUAGAGAUUUAAACAUCAUUAUUGCUUUAUGCUUCUUUCUCCUUAUAACUAAUUUGUCCCAUUUGAGUAUAUCAAGAAGCAGGCUCGAGCUAGUCCCAUAGUUGGCCUUUAAAAUUACUCUAGCUGCACGGUUCUGUAACUUUUGUAAUUUGUCACUCAGUUGAUCACUUAAGCCAUCCCAAACAAGGCUACAGUAAUCAAAGUGAGGUUGAAUUAAGGAGUUAUAGACUAGUACCGCAGUAGAUUGGGAGAUAAGGGGCCUAAUACGUCUAAGGGCACCUAUAGCCGAAGUUACCUUCUUACACAAUUCGUUAACAUGAUUAGACCAGGAAAGCCGAUUGUCAAUAAUGAGACCUAAUGAUUUUGCGUGAUCAACAUUGCUGAUAACUUGGUCUUCUAGUUUGAUGUUUAUUUCGUUAUGGCUUUCCGCGAGAAGCUUCUGGCGAGAGCCAAUAACCAUAAACUCGGUUUUCGCAACAUUAAGACUAAGCUUAUUGGCUUUUAGCCAACAGUGAAGGUUCAGUAGUUCUAAGUUAGUCUCUUGUUCAAGGUCAGCUAGAGAGGAACCAGAAAUGGUAAUAGUUGUAUCAUCUGCGAACAUUUUAGCGCAUGCUGAAUUAAGGCAGUUUGGAAGAUCGUUUAUAUAGAUUAAGAAGAACAAAGGACCGAGAAUACUACCCUGUGGGACUCCGCAUCUUAGUUCGCUUGCACUGGACAAUACGCCAUUAACAUAACAUUUCUGGCUCCUGUUACCUAGGUAGGAGGCAAAGAAUCGUAGGGAACCCAGAUCAAGUCCAUAGUUUGCAAGUUUAUGUAACAAAAUUGCAUGGUCAAUGGUGUCAAAAGCCUUUUUAAGGUCGAUAUAUACCACACCAUUUAAAAGGCCGUUAUCUAUGUUAAUAGACCAGUUGUUCGUUGAUUCAAGUAGCGCCGUCAUGGUGCUAUGGAGCGAUCGAAAGCCGGAUUGAUAAGUAUUCAAAUGUUUGUUUUUUAUCUAGGUAAUCAUAGAGUUGUUGAUAGAUAAUUUUCUCGAAUAGCUUUGAGACAAUUGGCAAUACAGAAAUUGGUCUAUAGUUAUUCAGGUCAGAUUUUGAUCCUUUUUUAAAGAUAGGAGUCACCUUGGCGAUUUUCCAUUCAUCUGGAAAGGUUUCUGUUUCUAUACAGCUAUUAAAAAUUUUCGUUAAUGAUGGUCCAAUAAUGGAACUGGCUAAUUUCAGAAGUUUACAAGGAACUCCGUCCAAUCCCAUGGCUUUCUUUUCGUCAAGCUCACUUAGUAGUUCACACACAGUUGUGACACUAAGAGCCCUUAAGGAGAAGGCUGUUUUAGUGGGUUGUAAAUAACUUUCAGGGUCGAUAUUAGAAGGUGAUAAUUUACUGGCUAGAUUUGGUCCAAUAGAGGUGAAAAAGUUAUUAAAAGCUUCUGCAAUUUCAGGCGCAGAAUUUAUAGUUUCGUUAUCUGUUUUAAUUUCAGUGAUAUUGCGGUUUGUGCAAGAUUUACGCGAGCUCAGUUCGUUAAUUAGCUUCCAAGUUUUGGACGAAUUCUUUUUAUUCAACUCUAAGUUGUGCAAAAAAUACUGACGUUUGGCUGAUUUGAUAGCAUUGUUAGUUUCAUUCCGCGCUUGCUUGUAAAGUCUCUUCUUAAAGACGGCUAUUCGGCAAGGUUACGCAAUCUUAAUCCUCUAUCUAUUGCGCGUGCCUGUCCAUUAUUUCUCCACAUGAGAGCCAAUAAACUAAAUGUUACUGAUCAUUUUCACUCCUUCUAAGGGCGCGAAAGUUGAUCUAAAUCUUGCGAACGUACAAGCUGAGGACUCGUAGCCUUUCUCAUAACCCAUAUUGAUGACGGCGUGAUGUGUCUGUUUGUAAAUGUCUACGCCAUUUAGUUGCAUGUAGCAGUGACCAACUCGAAAACCUAAGCUCCUUUGGUCACUGUGCUCACACUUCACCUUCGAUGACUUAUGUAGUUUGCUUUUUUAUUUAUUUUUUCUUUCUUUUGUAUUGCUGUUGUAAUUUUUGUAGUAACCUCUUGAAAUACUGCAAAAAGAGAACAAUCUAGAAGAAUCUGAUAUCUAUACGAGGUAUACUAUUUCGAACAAAAUAUAAGUCAGAGUAGUCAUUAUUUGAAGGCUACAUUUAAAUCCUAUACGUUAAGACUCGAUCAUAUCUAAACGUCUUGCAAUAGGUUCAAAAACCUUCUUGUUUUUUACCUUUCGCUUGAAUACUUUGACUAGUUGAUCAUUGAAACUGAGUUUACCUCAUAACAAGGACUCUCUUACAUCGGCCAUUAGUCUCGCUUGCUUAGCGAAUAGAUCGAGAAAUGCGGAAGCGAUUAAUUCUACACGAAACAGAAUUUACUUGCUGAAGGUUUUUACUUCCUACUUUAUCGACGUCGAUACUUUUCAUUUGUUUCUCAAUUGAUUAGUACGCGUGUUAGCGACGACCUGAAAUACGUCUGAGGUCGCAGGCUAUACGCAUGUAUAAAUACACGAAAAGUCAAGGGCCUCGAUUCCAGAGAAAUUACAUCAUUGCCAGAGAUCAAAAAAGUGAUUUACAUAGCACGUCAUUUCAAUCAUCGCCGAAAAUAAGCCGCAUGCUCAUCACAAGUAUCAUUUGCAUACAAUAAAAGUUUACAACAUCCGACCAUCGCAUUUUUGCUAAUUAAGAUACUUAUUUUUUCGACCACUCAGUAGUAUUCACUUGUUCCAAAGUAAUCAGCGCUUUCAAGCGAUAGAAUUCGUGGACCGACACGUUUCGGAAAAACUACAAAUAUAAUCUUUCCUAAUCCUUCUUCGCAAAACAUGCGUGCGUGGCUUCGAUCACGCAAAGAUUCUUAGGCCCAGUUUCCACAGGUCUCCGAAAAUAACGCCUGGUACAAUGACCCUACAAAAUACACAGUAGGACGAAAAACGCGUUGCAGAUUAUGAGUCUCGCUGCUUACGCAAGCGAGACUAAUAAACAUGAAGUUGGUUUGACGCAUGUUCCCUUGCUAUUUAUCUGGGUAGCUUGUUUAAAACGGGUUUAAAAUAUGGCAGAGCUUUUGGAAUUUCUCAAUUUACUGUUUUAUUUGUUAACUUUGUGAAUUUCGAAGACAUAAAUGGAGCGCCAGCCAUUUUUUCUCACUGGACUGACGUCAUCGGUAUUUCGCGGCAUGUCACUCACGUGUGACAGUUGUUAAACAUCUCUAACUUAAAGAUAAUAAGAAACUGUUAGGAGUCUAGGACGGUUGCUGACAUGCAUUUGUCCUUUUCAGCUUGUGUACCAUUGAACUCUAACCUAACAGAUGGUAUCGUGUUCAGAAAUGAUACGGAAUUUGGCACUGAAAUAGAUUACAUGUUUGUCUGCAACAGAGGAUUCUUCUUGAACGGUUCAAGUCACGUGACUUGCAAAGACGGUGUUUACAAUGGUUCAGCCCCAGAAUGUCUUCCAAAAGGUAAGCUAUUGAAUAAAUUUUAUACCUAAGUUUUUUAUGAGGGAACAAACAGCUGUUUAUUUUCCCGCAGUGAAAAACAGGGAAAGGAAUGGUGUCCAAUCAUUGUACAUCAGACAAUAGAAAUUGCUCAUAAAAUUUGUGUAAGCCUAAUGAAAUGGAACCCGGCUCUGCGGACAACUGAUUAAACUGACACCCGCAUAUAACAGACAGCUUCGUUUGUCCCGACGAAAAGCUCAUAAAUUUGCUCUAAAAUUAACCUGCUUAAUACGGACACAAGUUUAUACGGGCAAAGGACACUUUAUUUGUGUCCCGAAUUCGCCCCCAAUCUCUAACAAAUCGUUAGCCCCGCUUCACGGUCGCUGGUUAUCCGCGCACUGUCUAUUUUUAUGGUCACAUUUAUGUGCUAGUUGUAGACAUUGUACCCUGUGCAAAUAAUGACAGAUUUACAGGGGCUUAGGCAAUUUUAUUAUCAGAAAAAACAGUAGCAAAGAUGCGUGACAUGUUUGAUUUCGAUCAGUCCGUCUUUCUUGCGGCGUUUGACCCUUUUAUUGCUCAGGUUUCACUUCCUUAGCUUUUUCUUUCAGUCGUGUCCACUUUGUAUCUUUAUAUCAAUUAAAUACGUCUCCUUCAUGAUUUUUUUUUUCCUGAGAGCCUGCUUAAUACGGACACCCGGAUAACACGGGCAGUAUGGCAUGUGCCCUUGGUCUCCCUAUCAACCGGGUUCCACUGCAACACUUUUCAGAGCGUUCAGCUGCUGUUGUCACUUUUGAAAGUUCUAUUAGUGUACAUAGCUUCUUCUCUAGAGGUCAAGGAUCGAGUCCCGGAAAGCGCGUGAAUUUUUUUCAGGCAUUUUUAUCACAACUCGAAGUUUCCGUAUCUAACUGCGAUGAUCUUGAAAUUUAAUUUUUACCUCCUUUAAAAAAUAAUGAAGACUUAUGAACAUUUCCUUAUGCAGAGUGUUCUCCGCCUUUAUCAAGUUAUCUGGCCAAUGGUCACGUUCAAGGAAGCGGCCACGUUUAUCGUUCGAAUUACAACUUUACCUGCAAUAGCGGCUACGUCCUUUUUGGUGAUGAUUACAUCACCUGUACAGAAAACGGAACCUGGAAUGGCACAUCUCCUGUAUGUGUAAGAGGUAAUGAAAACUUACUUAUCACUUUUUAG